AUGAAGACAGUCACGCUCAGCGUCACCGCAGCCUUUGCGCUGUGCUGCUUCGGCGUGUUCGAAGCCGGCUGCGCCGAGGAGAGCUACACAUACCCGGACGAUUACGCAGGGCGGUCGUCUGGCUCCGGCAGCAUCGAAACCAUCCACUUCGCGUCCUACACCCCGUCGCAAGACCAAAUCGAAUUCGCGAAGAGGAGCAUCGCAGACGAUGAGAGCCGUGAGACCAUGAAGAAGCUGGUGGAGAUCCUCCGUCAGUCCACCGCCGGUCAGAGUCAGCCAGAUACCAUUGAAGACUACUCGAACGAGUUCGAGAACGAGCCCGUAGCGGAUGCGGCUUACGAGACGUCGGAAAACGGCAGUGCCUAUUCGACGGAACCCAACACUAAUGGUAUCGCUGGGCGAUACCAUGCUGCUCAGUCCCCGGCCCAGCCUGCACACGUCAAUGAACGUCCAUACGCCGCCUUCAACCAGAUAGCUUCAGGAGUACAAGUCGUCGCCAACAACAGCCUCAUCAACUCCCAUCUGCAUGAGAUCCCCGAGCCUCACUACGAGCAAAUUCAUGCGCAUGGCUUCCACGGCAAUCACACCCAGGAAGAGCCUUCAGCCCACAGGCAGCCAACCGCUGGUCACAGCCACAACUUCGGCCAUGUUGCUACGCACGAGACUCCAUUACAGGCACACCCAUCGUUCGUAUCUUACACUCCACAUGACCAUCACGACACGACCACUGCCCAUGGCAAUCCUCACCACCAGAACGGAUCACCCCAGGAAGCCCAUCACUAUCCGCACCACCAGUCAAGCCAUGUUGGAGAGGCAAAAGCUAUUCAUUCCCUUCACAGCCACGCAGAAGCCGCUCUGCAUCACGCAGAUCAGGCGGCGGUGCAGCUGGUUAAUCGCAUGUGUCAAGCACUUGUACGCAACCCCGAGUACAUCGCGUUCUGCAGGAACCCCGUAGUUCAGGAAAUCAUCCGGGACAACCCGCAGAUCUUGGAGGAGCAGUACAGCAUCGACAUUUUGGGGCAGCACCUGCAGCCGACGAACGGCGACAUGGUCACCGACUUCAGGGACGGUCAUUCAGUGUCUCAGAGCAUGCGAUAUUUCAUCUCGAAAAUCUGUGUUGGUCCCCUGCCGGCGGCCUGCAACAACGUGGCGCUCCACGCGUGA